UCAACGCACACGAAAAAAUAGUAGGGGACGAUGAAGAAGAAGAAGGCGAAAACGGGUCGCAAAAAGGGAUCCUAUUUGGAGGAGGAGUGGGCAGGCGUAGUCAACAAAGAUGUUCUCGACCUGAAGGGCUCUUGAGGGAGGUAGACAGAAGCGACAGUGAAAACAAACCGUCACACUUCAGGGCGCCAGCUGACUGGACCGUCUCUCUCUUUUUCCCUCUCUCUCUUUCCCUCACUCCCUCCCUCCCUCUCUCCCCCUCUCACUCUUUCUCUCUCAUCAGUGUAUGCUUCGCUGGUCUCGACUGCAUUUCUCUUCUGGCUGGUCGCCUGUGUGCGUACCCUCCGCCAGGAGCUGGACAGUGGGUGGAUUUACAAAUAUCGAUCGUUGGGAUUUUCGUACUCUUCAGUUGUAUGAUAAAAAGUUUUUUUGUUUCGUUGUGUGUUUCCACUCCCGUCAAAUAUCGGAACUUGUUGCAUCCAGGAGAAAUAGCUUAAAACUUUUGUAUGGUGGGCUUUUUAGCAACCCUGCGAGUGCUUGCGCUCGGAUUAGGAUCCUCAACCGCUGGAGGAAGAAAGCGUCUCUUCUCCGCUCGGGUUAAGACCUCCGCAUGUGCUCUUCAUGAUAAGAAGGGAAAAUAUGCCAUUUUUAAAACUCACAAUUGUUUUUUAGAUACUGUUUUGCUAUUUUGUUGCCAUGCAGUGUAAUUUCGCGGUAAUGCUGUUUGUUAUCAUAUCUUAAUGGGAUGUUGUUUUACUUCCAUGCGCCUGUUAUCAAAACAUUAACAGCCACAUCACCAUAUAGCGCUGCCGUUGUUGCUCAGUAUUUCAUGGACUUACAGCCUUGUCACAGACUGUAACAGAGGCUAUGGUGUGCGAUAAGAUAUAAAUCAAGCUCAAAGAAGAUAAACUUUGCAUGAGCAGGUGACGGAUCGGGUGUACUUUUUCUCUGUACACCUUGUCUGCGACACCCCAUGGGAACCAAACAGACGAAAGGCGCGGGCUCGGAGGCCGGGCCGAGCCCCCAGCACAGCGGCUGGAAGCGGACGCCGACCAAGCAAAGGGGUGAUCUCUUCGCCUCCUUCAUGCUGAGGUCAGGGGACAGGUUCGGCCGCGGCGGACCCCCGCCGCCGUACCAGCGUCGCAUCGGCAUGAUCCAGGAGAUGAUGGUGAUGGCGAAAGAAGGGAAACAGAGCGAGGCGACCGAGCUGCUGAAGACACUCCGACAGGACCUGGGGAUGGAGUCGACGUCUUUGGACGAUGUUCUCUACCGCUAUGCUAGCUUCCGAAGCCUGGUGGACCCCAUCACCCAUGACCUCAUCAUCAGCCUGGCCAGAUACGUCCACUGCCCCAAGACGGAAGGAGAUGCUCUGACUGCCAUGGAGAAGGUGUGCAGGCAGCUGACCUAUCACCUGAGCCCCCACUCGCGAUGGAGACGGCAGGGGCUGCUGAAGAGGAAGCCGCAGGCGUGUCUGAAGGCGGUGCUGUCUUCCCCCCCAUCGGGCGGGACGGUGGAUCUGUCGGGGAUCCCUCUCACCGUGCGGGACAUGGAGCGUCUCUGCUCCCACCUCCAGCGGCACGCCCAGCGGGUCUGCAGCCUGGAGCUGGGCUUCACCGAGCUGACGGACGAGUCCUUCCUGCUGCUGCUGCCCACCCUGGGCGCCCUCCCCCGCCUGGAGACGCUGGCGCUCAACGGCAACCGGCUGACCCGCGCCGUGCUCAAGGAGCUGACCGACGUGCUGAAGGACCCCAGCAGCUUCCCCGCCGUCACCUGGAUCGACCUGGGCAACAACGUGGACAUCUUCUCCCUGCCGCAGCCCUUCCUGGUCAGCCUCCGCAAACGCUGCCCCAAGCAGGGCAACCUGCCCACCAUCCUGGAGUUCGGGGAGAGCCAGGCCAGCGAGCCGGACGGCAGGGGGGCGGGGGGAGGGGACGAAGGGGACGAGGGGGCCAGGACGGAGAGCAUCGAGGAUCUCAGGUCAGACACAGAGGGCGAGGUGGAGGGAGAGGCAGAGGCUGAGGGGAUGGCGGAGGAGAUGGCCGAAUCCGAUAAGGAAGCACAGGGGAAUGGAGAAGAAGCCAUGGAGGAGGGUAGCAAGCUGGCCGUGAGGGAGCCAGCCUGGGUGGGGGGGAAGGAAACAGCUGUUACGCAGGAACAGAGGGAGAGAGAGGGGGGAGAAAGCGUGAAGGAGCAGGAGGAUACUCAGAUAUGCCCCUCUCACCUACCCGGCUCCAGACAAUCGCAGGAGCUCUCUGUGUCCAGGCCGGUGGGCGGAGAGGUGGAGGACUGGGCGACGACGAAGAUUACCGACAAUCAGACCUGAGAGUGUUUGUGGCUGCAUCUGUUCUGACCCAACUGUGACUGCUUAAGAAUGCGGAGAUGGAAGGAGGAGGGAAAGUAGGGAGGGAAAUAAAAGAAGAGAAAUGAAAAAGGAGGGAUGCCUUCUUUUCCCACUCCAGUUUGGACUUGGCACUGUGG